AUGUCUAUUGAGAUGGCUGUGACGAACCUGGCGGAAGAGGAUGUCAUUGCCCUGACCAUUCAAGAUGCUGGAUUGGCACACAAUUUCUACAACCAGAAUGCUGCAGCCUUAGACUUGGCAUCUGACGACGUGGCGGUCAUCAACAUCUCAAAGAAGAAUGCGACCAACUUUCUUGGAGAGGCAAAGAAGUUGAUGGAUGCCCUGGAUGUUCUGCAGCAGGUCCACCCAUUUGCAUCUGAUAUGAUGACCAUGCUUCUCCAACUUAAGGACACUGGAGACCCAGCCAUCGUGGGACCUCAUGGUGAAAUUCGGGGGCGACUGCAACGUGUCACAGACAGCAUCAAGAUAGAUAUUGAGGAUUGCGGAAAUGCCAUUGACAAAUACUACAAGUCAAAAUUCAUUGGUUUGCUUCCCUCAGAAUGCUAG